UACGCCUUCAAGCUCUUGGGGGAGUAGUGAGAGUUUACUUCCGGGGCGACUCUGAGAGCUCUACCCCACCCCACCCCCGCGCGCCACCCUGCCACCCCGCCACGAGCGGAAGUGACUUGGGCUGGGCGCCCUGGGCGUGAUGGAGCAGCAGCAGCAGCAACUGAGAAACUUGCGAGACUUCCUGUUGGUCUACAAUCGGAUGACAGAACUGUGUUUUCAGCGCUGUGUGCCCAGCCUGCACCACCGAGCUCUGGACGCUGAGGAGGAGGCCUGCCUGCACAGUUGUGCUGGGAAACUCAUCCAUUCUAACCACCGCCUCAUGGCCGCUUACGUGCACCUCAUGCCCGCCCUGGUCCAGCGCCGCAUCGCGGACUACGAGGCUGCCUCGGCCGCGCCAGGUGUUCCUGCAGAACAGACCAGAGACUCGCCAUCAGGCAGCUAGCCGUCCCUGGCCCCAGGAGAGAAGGUGCUUGGAUGGACUCCUCUGUGGACCUUGGGCUUAUCUAAAUGUGUACAGAGAGAUUGAGCUUGAAAGCUGGGUGCUGUUGCUCCUUUUCUUGGAGCCAAUAAACCCGUUUUUACAGUCUAGUUAUUUUGCUGGGCAAGAACUUUUGUCUAUGGGUACCAGCCUUUAUUGUGUCAUCUAGUGCAUGUAUACUGCCUUUAGCCCUGGAGGUUGAUGUAGUGCCUUCUUAUGUGUAGAAGGACAAAUUCAGCAUUCCCAGCACCCCAGCAAAAGCAGGGAUUAUGGGUAGAGCUUUAAGGUUAGUAAUAGCAAUGGAAAAUUGGUUCCAAAAGGAGAGCUCUCAGUGGCUGUCCUUGGGACUAACUCAAGGACCUGAAUAUACAUUGACUCAUAACUAGUUUUUAUUCUCAGCUGUCAAACAAAAAGAAUUGCUGUGAACCUAGGGGAAGAAGGUAAUAUCAAACAACAAAAGCAGGAAGAAAACAGUACCCCCUUAGGCUUUAGCCACUCCUUCCUAGGAGGUCAGUGACAACAGAACAAAGACAAGCCUCUAAGAAUUCAGGAAUGUUGACCAUUUCCCCAAUUUACUCUCUUAGUAUUUCCUGCCUUUGUGAAAUUAGCAAUAAAGACUUUAAACAAA